AUGAUGAGCAGGCAAAGCAAUCCAAAGCAACACCUCUUGGAAUCCUUUAGUAGUAGUGAGGAGGAAGGCGACGGAUCUAAUUCAGAGUUUACGACUUCCUAUGAUUCUGAUUCGGUAAAUCAUGAUAUCGUGCAAUGCAAUGGGAGGACAGUGCAAUUGGUUCGCGGGAGCCACAAGAGAGCUUUUUCUCGUGGAUCGAACAGUGUUGUCAGGCAAUGCGCAGACAAGCAUCGAAAGUUGGAGGCAAAUGCAGCAGCUCAGAGGGGCCACGGGUACAGGUACCCUCUUGACCAUGAAGCUAUCGAAGAGAUUCUCCAAGCGGCGAGACCUUUUUAUGGCAACGUUGAUCCGAUCGACGUGAAGAUAACCCCUCUCCUGGAGGACGCAAUGCAAGACAUGGAAGAGCCCAAACGCAAGCAAAAGAACGACGAAUCGAAGACCUCAGAUUCUGGUGAGGACGAUUCUGUGCUUCCGGCAUGUCUUCCGAACAGUGCUGUGAACGACCUUGAAUCCGUGCACCUUCUACACGUUGUCCAGCCCUCUCGCAAUUCCACAAUAACUUUCCGAGAGGCACUUGUGCCCUCCAAAAAGCCACGGUUGGUUACCCUCUCCUACCCUCCCUUCAUUGCGGUGCACGCCAACAAGGCGUUUUUGACGUGCACAGGCCACAUGUCCCGCGAGGUGCUCGGGCUCCCAUUACUAAAGAUAUUGGGAGUUCAGCAUCCGACGAAAUCCCCAGAUCCACCAGAGUUGGACGGAAAACUCGUUCAUGUUCCGGUGCUAGACGACGAUGAAGUCGGACCCUCUCUUUCGAGGCGAUGCAUUGUUCGCGUCUCUUUUAUCGCGCCUGAAACUUGCUUGCCAAAGAAGACCUACAACGAGGAUCCUGCCUAUUGUUCUUCGAGCAAUGAUAGCGGCGGCGAUGAAUCGUUGGGACCAGUGUACGUUACACACUAUGGUGUUGAACUUGAGCCUGCGUCCGAGCGUCAAGACACCCAAGCCGCAAGCGCCGUUGCCGUGCUCCUGGCACUACGAGCAUCUCCUGAACCAACCUCCUUCCAAGGCGUACUCGGAUGA